UCAUGAGCGUUUUCUUUCCACUCACUCCCCACCUUUUAGCGAGCCCACUCGUGUUAAAAAAGCCCCGCAGCUCCGGCCGGGAGCUCAGAGCGCCGAUGGACCAGGGGAUGAUCGAUGUUGAGGGAGGACGCGCGGUCCGACAGAGACGCGGAACGGGGAGGCUGGCCGCGGUGGUGGCCGUGCAGAACCUGCUGGUGGUGGCCUGCCUGCUGGUCACCGUCUAUCUUUGCAUGAAGUCCCCGGCUUUGCAGCCAGAAGAUGACGUAUACAUACAGUUUAAUGAACUCAGAGAUCUCAAAGCAAACACAUCUCUGAAGUUUGAGGUCAUUCGUGAACAACGUAGGUUGGAGAAUGACAAAGGCAACAUCAGCAUAAGCUGCACCGGCCCUUAUGUUUGGCAUAUGCUUGUGUGCUAUGAGAGCAUGAAUCAGGGGAAUCUCAGCGGGAAUCUGGUGCUGCAGGUGGCUAACACGCCUGUCAACUCUGUCAGAAUGGAUGCAAUAGAGCAAACUGUCUGCAGGGGGCUCCACAGUAUUGUCUAUCUCAAGGAGAGAGAUGUGGCCAGUUUCCACUUGUACUCCCCAAAGGGAUUUCGGAUGGUAAACGUGAGUAUGGGUCUGAGGUAUCUGCUUGGGAAUAACUGUGAUUAUUGAUGAAGUCCAAUCAAUGCUGAUGGGAUGAAGAUGGAUGAAGAGUGCAGAGUGCCUAUCUGAGGUCAUCUGUGCCAGUGAUGGCACACCAAGCCAGUGCGGACUGUCUUUUGUUUUAUUACCUCUGCUUGAGUUGCUGUGGCUCGUGGUUUGACUGUCAGCUGGAAAUCUGUGCGCAAGCAAGAACAAAUCAAUGUAUCUUGGUUGUAACGAUUGAGUCUUAUUCACUAGGCAUGAAAAUGCUUUGACAACAAAAAGAGAUUUUUUUUACCUCCUAGACAAGUGCCUUGUUCUGUUUCUUUUAAUGAUGUUUUUUUGUACAAUAUUUUUUCAUUUAUAUUUAAGGCUGGAAAAAAAAACAAGUUAUAAAGCUAAUCUUAAUUUAUCAGCCAUUUGUUUUUAUCAUUAUUAUUAUUAUUUAAUAUUCAAACAUAAAGCAGAGAAUGUCACAGUUUCUUGGUGCUGCGGUGACAGUUUCAUGUCAUAUUGCUUGCAUGACCAACAGUCAGCUGUUGUUCAGGUGGUUCUUCUGUAAGCUAAGAGAAACCAUGUAAAAAGCUGGAAACAAAUUGUGUUUGGUGUUAUUGUUUUAAAAUAAUUUAAAUGCCGGACAAUGACUGACUUACUGUAUUUUGAAAAUAUGUAACGGCAGAGCUAUCUGACUUUGCAGCUGGAUACUGUGUAGAUGCCCAUUCUUGAUUGUGAGGGGAUUUAAUGCCUCUGCACUUUUUUGGUGCUUCCUUGUUGUAUUAUAUAGCUAUAUUAUCGUCUGUACUUUAUUUUAAAUGUUCAGUAGUACCAAAUGAAUGUAUUUGCUCUUGGUGCAUUGAAGCUCCAAUCCGAGUCUGUAAACUUUAAGUGUGCCAUUUGACAGUUUUACCUCCAAUCAGUCACCACACCAUCAACGAUCACAACAGUAGCGUGCUGUGGGCUACAUUAACACGUCUGUUUUCUGGAGUAAAAAUCAUCUUAGACCAGUUAGAUGUUACAAUCGGACUGACACACACAGCUCAAGGGAAAACCCGGAGAGGAGAUGAAUGAAAUCUUUUGUUUCUGCACUCUAGGUGCACUCUUUAGUUUCUUAAAUGCUGAAUUGAUUGUAUGUUUUUCUAUUAGAAAUUACAUCACAAUUCAUUAAUUGAUUGUAUCUUUAAUGUAAAAUGUGAAGCACAUAUAGGUUUACUAUUUUAAACAUUGCCAAAUUCACUUGUGGUCUUGCAAAAAGGGUAAUAAAGCAGACAUUUUGCUUUUUAUUGGAGCUACUAUGCGUGAUGUGAUACAAGCUGUGUACUUUACUCACAGAUUAGGGUUGAUACCUCCCUUGAUCUUUAGCACAGCUUGUCUGUGCACUGUAACGUUAAUAAAAACUAGUUUCCCUCAUGCUA